GCCAGGAGGCAGCAGGACUGGAGCGAACCCAGUCAUCUCCGCUUCAUGCUUCGUCCUGGGCACUUCUCCUCCUCCUCCUCCUCUCCUCCUCCUCUCCUCCUCCACUCUCAACAACCGUCUGACACCAGUUGAUUCCCUUCUCACACUUUUAGCCAUUAAAACAAAAGGAGAACGAGGAGAGAGAGAGAGAGGGGGGAAGAAGGGGCCCGAGUCAUGGAGCUGUUUUGCCUGGAGUCGGAAAUAACUGUGCGAGCCCAGCCGGACCCAAACAUCCUGUACGACGACCGGGUUCUGCAGAGUUUAUUAACCAUCGAGGACCGGUUCCUUCCGCAGUGCUCGUACUUCCAGCGGGUGCAGAAGGACAUUCAGCCCUACAUGAGACGGAUGGUUGCAGGCUGGAUGCACGAGGUGUGUGAGGAGGAGAAGAGCAACGAGGACGUCUUCCCUUUAGCCAUUAAUUAUUUGGACAGAUUUUUAGCAGUGAUGCAGACUAGGAAGAACUACUUGCAGCUCCUGGGAGCCGUGUGCAUGUUCCUGGCCUCCAAGUUAAAAGACAGCCGGCCGCUAUCAGCAGAGAAACUCUGCAUGUACACAGACAACUCCAUCUCACCACGGGAGCUGCUGGACUGGGAACUGGUGGUACUGGGGAAGUUGAAGUGGAACAUGGCCUCAGUCAUUCCCAAUGAUUUUAUAGAGCACAUCGUACGCAGGCUGCCCCUCCCCAAAGACAAGCUGGCGAUGGUGCGCAAACACACGCUGACAUUCAUCGCUCUCUGUGCCACAGAUGACCGCCUCGCCAUGAAUCCCCCUUCCAUGAUUGCCACAGGCAGCAUGGGAGCUGCUGUAUGUGGUCUCCAGUUCGACCACUCUGACCAGAGGCUGAGUCGUGACAACCUGACAGACCUGCUGGCCAAGAUCACCAACACAGAGGUGGACUGUUUGAGGGCGUGCCAGGAGCAAAUCGAGCGCGUGCUGGCCACCAGCCUGCAGCAGGGCCAGCAGCACCGGCAGGAGAACGGGGUCCCGGCCGGCAGCAAAGCCAGGGAGCAGCAGGACCAGUCCAGCACCCCCACAGAUGUCCGCGACGUCAACUUGUGAACCGCCGUUGUUCGACCACCUCACACGCACCACUCGUGCCCGUCACACCAAUGAACUAGCCGGAGUGAGCAAGACAGGUGGGGGUGGGGGGUGUUUGAGCUGCCAGUAUCUAGUCACUGCAUGAGUGAUGGUGUGACAAUCUAUGAACUUUUAGAAAUUAAGGAAUUUCCCCCCUUUUUUUGCCCCAUUCAUACCCGGCUGGGUGUUCUCUCACCUCACUGUACGGGCCACAUUUAAUCAAACAAGCUAUUUAACAACAAAAAAAAGGUUAAUUCUUGAAAACUUGAUAGUGCCUUUGAUUUCCCCUGACCGGAAAUCUGAAUAUAUUUUCAUACUUGAAAAAAAAAUCUAUACCAUAAUUAUAUGAAAUAUACAUAUUUCUUUUGAUACAACCUAGCAAAAAAAAAUAUAUAAUAAAUAAUGUAUAUAUUUAGCAAGCAUUUAGUUAUGUUACUCUUUUAUCAUCUUUAGAAAACAGUUAUCAAUUCACAGUUUUACUGGGGUUUUCCUCGCAUGAUUGCAAUGCUGAUAAAAUACAGUACAUGGCAUUUAAAGGAAGUUGACGCGGAGGAGGGUCGCUCGGCUCCGUCUCUCAUACUGGGUGCACCUGUAGCAAUGCUCUUUAUUUAUGCUGAAAAGUGCUGGCCAGGAGGGGGCUGGGCCCGCUCACAGAGGAAGGACG